AUGCGCCAAGGCUCCGGAACUGCGUUCUUGCUGGCCUACGUAUUAUGGUUGGCAUCGGUUACUAAGGCCACGAUCGCUUGGGGUGGGAUCGGUGGCAACAUCUCAAUCGAUGCCGAUACUGUUAGUAUGAAUGCUAGAGGGGCUGGGAAUCCGUCGGACACGCAGAAGCAAGAAUGCUAUGACAAAAUAGGAUCGCAGUGUGCGAUACCAAUUGACUCCCCAACUCGUGGUCUUCUGAGUUCCACGGGCACGAGUGGUAUGCCCUUGUCGACGGUCCCAAUCACGGCCUCGACUUUGCAAUUCGAAGCCUCUACAGCAGCCAGUACUGUCCCAUCGUCUAUAUCGUCUGGCGCAGCCCGUAUCGAUAGCAACACCGGCGCACAGUCCAGGACAGAAGCGAUGGGUCCUGGUCUCAAUACGACAGCGCCAAGCCCUGGCGGUGAGCCUGGAUCUGGUUCUGAAAAGUCCAACGACGGGAGUGGUGGCGGUGGACUGAGCACUGGGGCGAGGGCCGGAAUUGGUGUUGGUGCAGCGAUAGGUGGGAUCGGGGUCCUCGGAGGCGUGGCCUUGUUCUUUUACCGGGCCGGGCGGCGAGUUUCAUCAAGCACAGAGCAUAGCAAUGAUAACGGGUUUGGGUGGUUUGCCAAGCCGGAGCUGGCGGACACACAAUUCAACGGCUACGAGGUCGAGGGGUCUGCAGCGCAGGGACGACCGAACCCUGCUGAGAUACACGAGCUCGAGGCUCGGCAAAGGACGGGGAAGCUGGAGCAUCAGGCCGUGCCCGUUGAAAUCGGCGUGAGUGAGCGGGAUGAACUUCAGCUAAGGAGGCAACUAGCAGAAACGACGCUGAUAUAUAGGCCCGAGGCCUACGUUCGUGAAGCCAUGUCCAGUCUGCCUCAGUUGCACUACAGUACUAGUAUUAGUGAGGCCGCGAUGGGCAUAGCUACUAAUCUCAAGGAAACGACUGUCAGUGGUCAGAGACAAAACUCGGAAGAAAUCUAA